AUGUGCAAACCAAAAUCCCGCCGCCAUGACCUUGAAGUGCCACAAUGGGUACGAGACGAAUGGACGACCGGGGACAAGACGAAGAUAGCCUCCGUUCUCCAGGAGCAAAACUUCGACAAGGACAAGUUCUUGGUCCGCUUGGAGGUCGUCGUUCGUACCAAGACUUCCAUUAAGCUUAAGGUUGAGGAGGGCUGGUACAGUGAGCAAGAGAUGGAGGACGACCUCCAUUGGCCGGAGACCCUCAGAAUGAGAUAG